AUGGGAUUACCGAAUCUCUCUAGAUUCAGAGAAAAGUGCUGCUACUGCUACAGAAGCAUUGGGGACGGGAUAUCUGUGUGCGACUGUGGCUUCUCGUUCUGUGAGAAGCACAGAGGUAUUCAUCUUGGGAAGAGUGGAUGCCGUAUUGUAUUUGAUAUCAAGGAGGUCGGCAGCGACCUAGGGAUAGAAAUUAAGAAUGCAAUGCUUGGGGAGGAGGAGGUUGAGGAGUUAAGGAGAAGGAUGGAGAUACUGAUUAAGCCUGGAGAUGAAGAUGAAAGGGUUCUUUCCAGAGACGAGGAGGUAAGGUGCGUUCAUGGAUGUCCUGAAGGGCCGAGCUCGAUAGAGAUGGGGAACAUUGGAGGCCUUAAGUGCAACCUGUGUGAUGUAAAGACGAGGCUCUGGGUCUGUUUCAGUUGCGGGUAUGUCGGCUGUGGGAGGAUGCAGUAUGGCGCGGAAGGAAAUGGACAUGCAAAGUCCCACUACGAGGAAACGCAGCACAAUGUUUUUGUUCUGGUGCCCAGCCUUCUUAAGGAAGACUGUGAGAUAUUUUGCUACCUCUGCGACUCGAAUAUAAGGUCUCGGUACAACUCUGCAGAAAAUAGUGUUACGAUAGACUUUGGAGGUGCCGACGGAAAGACAGAGGAAAGGAGUGUAAGAAAGGUGAUGAGCUGCAGGGGCAUCGCUGAGCCUGAGUUUCUGGAGAAAAAAAGGGCCCCUGAGAGCAAGGGGGAGUCUGUCCCCAGCCCGUAUGUCGGGAUCAUCAAUUCGGGGAAUACCUGCUACAUUUCGUCUGUCAUUCAUAUGGUAGGGUAUGCUGUUUCCAAAGAGGAGUUUGAUCUUGAGCAGCAUUUCGAGAUAUGUUACAUGAAGAAUCCCUUGGAAUGCUUUUUCUGCCAGCUGAUGAGAGUGCUCAGCAAAAUGAAGGAGACUAAGGACAACGAAGGAGUCAACAGGAUAUCGAUUCUGGACCUUAUCAUGCUUAUAUGGAGAGACAUGCCCAUGUUCGGCAAGUUUGCACAGCAGGAUGCCCACGAGUUCCUGCUAUUUCUGCUUGAAAAAAUCCGCGAGGGUGAGCGUUCGUACCUGAUUCCGCCGAUAACGUCUCUCUUUGAGUUUGAGGUUGGGAGAAGGGUUUCGUGCUCGGGGUGCAUGGAUGACUCUACCAGCUAUGAGUCCAUGUUGAUGAUAUGCACCUUCCUGAAGGGAAACAUAAGAAAGUCUGUAGAGAUGUUUUUCCUCCCGGAUGAGUGGAGCUGUGAGUGUGGAGGAAAGAAAAAGGUAAGCCGGUUUAUCACGACGCUGCCGAAGUAUCUAAUAAUUCAGGUUGGAAGAUACUCAUACAACAAUUACAAGGUGGAGAAGAUCAAGGACAAGAUCGAGAUGAGGAGCAUCAAGCUGGGGAGCUUCAUGAGCAAAGACGAGGCAGACAGGUCUCUUGUAAGGAAGCUUGUGGACAGCGGAUACCCGGAAGAAGAUGCAGCGAAGGCCCUGGGCAUCUUUUGGAACGACGAGAGUAAGGCCCGCAGCCUUCUUGAGAACCAUGCCAUGAUGGACAUGAGGACGGACUCAAAGUACAGAGUUGUUGGGUGUAUCAAUCAUUCUGGAGACAAUAUCAAGGCUGGGCACUAUACGUGGUGGGUGUACGACAACGGGAAGUGCUUCAAGAUAGACGACACAACUGUCCUCAAUAGCAAUGUUGAGGUGUUAGAAGAUGGGUAUAUAUUCCUGUUCAAGUAA